AAAAAAUGGUGUUAUUAAUUCUGAACAAUUUAUGAGAAUAAUUGCUGUUUUAGAUGAUUUUACGCACUUUUUAACAUUUUACUAUGAUAGAAAGGUUCUACAGAAAUAUGCCUUCAUAAAGAAUCAGGACUGUUUCCCUACUUAUUUGGAUUUUGUAAAGAAAAGAAUCCUUGAAACGCCUCACAGACAUAUGAAUACAUACAGCAGAUUGUUACCCAACUCUACCAACAAAUCCUCAACAUGUCUAGUGGUUGGAAUCAAGAAACGAAAACAAGGCUAUCUGAUAAGAUCCAUGCUAACAUGAAUGAGAUGGGCUCACUUACCAGACAGAUCCUCAGGGGAUCAAAAUCAAAUGAUCUUCUGGCACAAGCAGCAAAGAACUUUGCAUACCAGGAAUCUGCUAUUGAGAAUUCUUUGGCUACAAUGAAGAAAAUGAGCAUUGUAAGCAGCCAACUACAAUUCCAGGCUGAAGCUAUAGAGAGAAGUAUGGAAACAAUGGAUAACAUUCAAGAUCAGCUGAAGACCAUACAGAAAUAA